AAAGACGAAAGUGAAUAUUCUAUUCAGGAACAGAAAUUAAUAUCUACGGCAACAUUGAUACACUCUGGAUCCUUUCUUUGAAGAUCGCUACUUGACUUCUAGUGAUAGAGCAUUUGUGCAGGAAGUGACAUCACAAAUUGAGUCUUUUUCUUCCAGGACACCAAAAUCUAAGAAAAGAGUCCUGUUAUUUCCAGCUGUCAACAGUUAUCAAAGAUUUCUGAUUCACAAAACUAUAGAGGGAUUCCCAGAACUCCACAGUUUUUCCAUUGGACAAGGAGACACUCGGAGAACUGUUGUGACAAAAGUCCAAAGAAUAAAUCAGGAGGAAUUGUGGUUCAUGUCUGCCCCUAGACCUCAGUCAUCCAGGGGAAGGGGCAGAGGUCGUCAUGGAGGUCAAGGGGUCAAUAACAGUUCACUGGUUAAAGAAACCACAAGAGACCAAAGUCCCAAAGAAAAUGAUAAUGUUUCCCCAGCAGGAGUAAAUAGACAAAGGAAAAAGAAACCUGAAGUGCAGAGGUAUGUCCCUAGAGGGCGGCGUCUUCUGAAUCAACAGGAUGAGGAAGCAAGGUUAGAGCAAAAUCAAAAUCGCAGCAGUCCUCCGUUAUCUUCCAGGGGCAGUAACUCACCAAUAGGAAAAGACUAUAGUACCAGCAGUCAUCCUGAAAACAUUGCAGAUCAAUCUCUAAGAAGUAGUAAUAAAGGGAAAAAGAAUAAUGUUGACAUUUCACCAGGAAGAAGUCAAGAAGAACAGGACAAUCAGAAAUGUAUGGGGGAUUUUAACAGGGAAGUUAGUCAAGGGGAAGUUUCUAAUGUUAGUGCUACUGAAACAACCGUAUCUUUGGAACAAGUAGAUAUUCCCUCUAAAGAAAGCAUAGAACAUUUCCUUGACAAUAGAAUGGUGAAUAAUUGUGUGUUUGUAGAACAUGAAAGUAUGGAUAGCUCUAAAGGGACACAAAAAGAGAAUAAAGAAAUAAGUCAGAUAGAUGUACAAUCUCAUAGCAACUGUGAUAUAAGUGAAAGCAGAGGAGAGGAGGAAUGUAUGGAUGUGAAAGUAGAAGAAGAGAAAGAUUUCAAUUACAAUUUAGACCAAGAUAAGAGGAUUGAAUGUGAUGGAGAAACUUUAAAAGAGAAAAUAGGAGAAAAUGUAAAUAUGGCUGAAAGUGAAAGUAAUGUACAGAAUGUAUUAGAGAAGGAAGAGGGAGCAACACUAAUGGAGACCAAUACUCAAGAUGGUAAUGUGGAUGAUGGGGAAGAUGACAUUCCAUUGAACUGGGAUGAUGACGUGGAGGAAAUAAAUGAAAAUGUAGGAUCAAAGAACACCAGUGAGCAAAAAAGGGAAAAUCAAGAUGAAGAUAAUAAUGAAAGAAAGGUGAAGGCACAAGAAAGUGAGGGUAAAACUGAAGUGAAGAAAAUUAAACUGAAGAAGAUGAAGAAGAAAAGUAAGACAUCAGGUGAAACUAAGGUAGAAGAGGAGACACCUUCUGUAGAGAAGAAAGGCAAGAAGAAGUCCACUAGGACAAACAUAACUGUGUUUGAUAUGAUGAAUAUGCAUGAGUUGAAGGAAGAUAAGAGAGAGGAAAAGAAAGUAGAGGUUAAAGAGAAAUUGGUACCUGAAGUGGAUGCAGAAGAAAUUGUGCCAAAGGGGGAUAACUCAGAUAAGGAAGCUGAUGAAGAUGAUGGAGAUUGGGAUACAAUGUUUAAUGAUGAUGGAGAAUGCCUGGAUCCUUCUGCCAUGGAGGAGUUGACAAAGACUGUGGGUAAAGUUCAGAUUGAAAAAGCCACCAUUAACUAUCUGGAUUUCAAACCCAAGGAACCUGACUAUGAUGAAAUGAAUCAUGUCAUUGAAAUUUUUGACUUUCCUGCUGAAUUUAAAACUGAGGAUCUCCUUUCCAUUUUCUCCCAGUUCAAAAGUAAAGGCUUUGACAUCAAAUGGGUGGACGAUACACAUGCACUGGGAGUGUUUUCAAGUGUUAUUGCAGCACAAGAUGCCUUGAAGAUUGUUCAUCCACUCUGUAAAGUUGGACCAUUAUCAGAAGCAAGCAAAGCUUGCAAGGCAAAGGCCAAGAGAUGUGUAGAAUUUCUACAGCCUUAUAAGCCUCGGCCUGAGACAACUGCCAUGACAGCCCGGAGACUGGUGACAGGGGCUCUGGGCCUCGCCCCUAAAAUCUCCAAAGAACAGCGGGAACUUGAGAGAAAGAAACUAAAGGAGGCUAAAGAAAAGAAGAGAAGUGACAGAAAGCAGAGAGAGGAUAUGUGGGAAGGAACAAUUUCUAACAAUUCCUGACCAAACCCUUGACUGGUAGACAAUUCAUAAUAUCAUAACAAAGUACAAGUAAAGCAAGAAAAAUUAGUGUUCCAUGUGGAACUGAUAAAGAAUUUUAAAAAAUAUAUAUUUUUAGCCUAAAUUUUUAACUUUACUUUUAGAUAUGUACAUUUUUGAAACAUCAAAUUUGUCAGGUCACACACAUCUAGCAUAGCACUUGGUUAAAUAAGAAAUAAAAUAAGUAUUAAAGAUGGCUGACAAGAAAAGUGAAAAUGUCUUUUAUUUGAACAGAAUUAGGAAUUUGAUGAAUGAAUGCUUUUCAAGAUAGACUUUGCAUAUUGGUACAAAUUUUAAAAGAAAUGAGGUUUUAUGAAAUGUGUAAACUUAAAUGCAGCUGACUUCUAAGUUUUCAUGAAGAUUUAAAUCUGAUACAUGGCAUCAUAAUGCUCAGUAUUUGAUUUAGAAUUGCUGAGAAAUUUCAGAAGAUUCAGUGUAUUCAAUCUGAAGUGAUACCUUAAAGUUUUUAAAGUGGUAGAUCAUUGGUGGCACUGAUUCAUCUUCUAUUUAUAAAAUCUAUGCAGUUAAACUGCUACGGUUUCCUACACACUUGUACAAACUGUUAUGUUUCUGAUCAUAUUUAUGUGUUUUAUGUUUUAAUUCAGCUUGCAUAAAAUGUUACAUUUUUUAGUAAGCAUAAUUUCACAAUUGCUCAGGAGAAUGUGUUGUUUUAUGGAUAAUCAUCUGCAUUUCAUUAUGCUGGAGUUUUCUUAAAAUAAUCAUAUGUUUGUCAGUUUAUGCAUUAAUUUAUUUAUUUGAAGUUAGAAAGAUGGAGAUAGGAUGUGAUAUUUUUAUAUGACUAUG